UUUUUUUUCUUAUCUUCACAAAGCCAGACCAUCAGGCCCCCUCUGGGCUUUUCCAGAAAGGCCUGAAGCCAGUCUUGCAGAGGGCUUGGAGUAGCCUCAACCCUGGGCCAUGCAGGGCGCUGAGGAGCCGGGGGCUGGGAGCGGCAGCCAUGACCUCUCAGGAGAAGCCCCUGGGGCCCGGUCUCCCCUGUGGACCACUGGUUAAAGAGGGCUACUUCUCAAGUAUGGAAAUGCAGCACCAAUUCUUGGACAACCAUAAAACCUCACAAGCUUCAAGCCCCCAGAGGAAUCUCCAAAUCUCAGAACUUCCCUGUCACUGCAGUCUAGAAUGUAAGACCCAAGACUGUUUGGCCCAAGGAAACCUGGGGGUUUUUAAGCCCUCCCGGCACCAAAGAAGGCAGAGCUCCCACUUGCCAGCUCUGUCAUCUUGGGCAAGUCACUCGACUACUUCGUGCCUCUGUAUAACGGCCAUGAUGACAAGAUGGACCGCAAAGGGCUGUGGUGAGGAUUGAAUGUGAUCACUUGGGAGAAUCGUCCAGCACGGUGUCUGGCCCGUGGAAAAUUGGAGAUAAAUGUCAGCUAUGGGGAUGAUGAUGGAUAUAUGGCAUCUGAAAACCUUGGAAACUGGGAUUUUUCAAAGUAGAAAAUUGCAAAGGCUGAGGGCCUCAGAAGCAUCAGGUCACAGUGUCCCUGACUAGGAGAGGGUCGGGGCCCCAAGGGGCCUCUGGGCUUCAUGAGGAUGGAUGCAUUAACACCGGGGGGCUCAUCAGGACCUUCCCUGUAGGGUACCCUCCAGGUUAGAGCUCUCAGGCCCUACGAUGUGAUGAGACGAGACUUUUCUCCCUCUCCUCAUUCAGUGAUGCUAAGUGGAUUCUGGGAGCCAGUGAUUCUCAGACUGUUAGAUUCUGUGACUUGUGCAUUUUCCUCUGUGAAAUAACUUCCAUGGCCCCCUCUGUGGGGAGAUGGAUUGCAGAGCUCCCCCUCCCUGGGCAGUAAGAGCAGUGAUGACCAUCAAUUCUACCUAAGGGGAAACUGAGGCAUGGAGCAGGGCAAGGCCUCUGGAAACCCAGCCCUAUUCAGUUUCUUUCGCUGGUUUUUUUCCCAUCCCAUCACAUUCACAGAGUGGUAUCUCUGCCUGCUUGGGACACCUCCGUGAUUUAUUUGAGUUUUUUUUUUUUUCCCUUGUUUUUUUUUUUUUUCUAACUCUACACACUUUUGUGUAAAAAACUGUGGUUUCUCAUGAGCCCUGUUAUCUCAUUGAUACCUCUCACCUCUGUGGCAAGAGGAAGAAAUCAUAUUUUCAGAUGACUCGUAAAGGGCAAAGAAAAAACCCAAAAUUUCAAAAUUUCCGUUUAAGUCUCAUAAUCAAGAAGAGGAGAAACAGAGCUCGCGAGAGAAAGAGAGAGAGAGAGAGAGCAAGAGAGAGAAAAAGCUAUGAGAACCCCCCCCACCCCGUGAUUAUCAGCACACACACUCAUCGAAAAAAAAAAAUUUGGAUUAUUAGAAGAGAGAGAGAGAGGUCUGUGGCUUCCACACCGUGGUUUUUCUUCUCGGUAUAAAAGCAAAGUUGUUUUUGAUAUGUGACAGUUUCCCACAAGCCAGGCUGAUCCUUUUCUGUCAGUCCACUUCAUCAAGCCUGCCCUCGGACAAGGACCCAAUGCCCAACCCCAGGCCAGCCAAGCCCUCGGCCCCUUCCUUGGUGCUUGGCCCAUCCCCGGGAGCCUCGCCCAGCUGGAGGGCUGCACCCAAGGCUUCAGACCUGCUUGGGGCCAAGGGCCCAGGGGCAACCUUCCAGGGCCGGGACCUCCGAGGUGGGGCCCAUGCCCCCUCCUCCUCCUCUUUGAACCCCAUGCCACCAUCACAGCUGCAGCUGCCCACGGUGCCCCUAGUCAUGGUGGCACCCUCUGGGGCACGGCUGGGCCCCUCACCCCACUUGCAGGCACUCCUCCAGGACAGGCCGCACUUCAUGCACCAGCUCUCAGCGGUGGAUACCCACGCUCGGACCCCCGUGCUGCAGGUACGCCCACUGGACAGCCCAGCUAUGAUCAGCCUGCCGCCACCCACUGCUGCCACCAGCGUCUUCUCCCUCAAGGCCCGGCCCGGCCUGCCACCUGGGAUCAACGUGGCCAGCCUGGAGUGGGUGUCCAGGGAGCCAGCCUUACUCUGCACCUUCCCAAGCCCCGGCACACCCAGGAAAGACAGCACCCUUUCGACCGUGCCCCAGGGCUCCUACUCGCUGUUGGCAAAUGGUGUCUGCAAGUGGCCCGGCUGUGAGAAGGUCUUCGAGGAGCCAGAGGAUUUCCUCAAGCACUGCCAGGCGGACCAUCUCCUAGAUGAGAAGGGCAGGGCACAGUGUCUCCUCCAGAGGGAGGUGGUGCAGUCUCUGGAACAGCAGCUGGUGCUGGAGAAGGAGAAGCUGGGCGCUAUGCAGGCCCACCUGGCUGGGAAGAUGGCCCUGACCAAAGCUCCAACCACGGCAUCAUCCGACAAGGGCUCCUGCUGCAUCGUAGCUGCAGGUACUCCGGUAACCCCUGGCCCAGCCUGGCCCAGCCCCCAGGAGGCCCCCGACGGCCUGUUUGCUGUGAGGAGGCACCUCUGGGGCAGCCAUGGAAACAGCACGUUCCCAGAGUUCUUCCACAACAUGGACUACUUCAAGUUCCACAACAUGCGGCCCCCCUUCACCUACGCCACCCUCAUCCGCUGGGCCAUCCUAGAGGCUCCCGAGAAGCAGCGGACACUCAACGAGAUCUACCACUGGUUCACACGCAUGUUUGCCUUCUUCAGGAACCACCCUGCCACCUGGAAGAACGCCAUCCGCCACAACCUGAGCCUGCACAAGUGCUUCGUGCGGGUGGAAAGUGAGAAGGGGGCCGUGUGGACCGUGGAUGAGUUCGAGUUCCGCAAGAAGAGGAGCCAGAGGCCCAGCAGGAGUGCCAACCCCACACCCGGCCCCUAACCUCAAAACCAAGGAGAGGAGGAAGGAAGGACAGGGGCCGAAAUGGGGGGUGGAAGCGGCCGGGGGCAGGGGUGACGGGCCCUGGAUAUGCUCACAGGGACCAAGAAGUGAGGUGUGCACGGUCUUGCCUGCCAGGGACCCUGAUCCUCAGCUGACCACCCUUCUAGAUCGUAUGCUCUGCACCAAGGCUGCUCAGAGGGGCCCUGGCCCCCCAGCCCACCUUCCUGCAACAAGCUCUGUAGCCAAACUGAGCCUUCACAACCAACCACACACACAGCCUGCCUCAGUCGCUCUCACAGAUGAUCUCAGGGCUGGAAAAGACACACCCACAGUCACAACCGUCUCUCUUGGACACAGUACAAAGAGCCUGCCUCAGUACCCUCGGGCAACCUCAACUCUGCAGUCUCGCAGACAAUCAUACCUGAGCACAGUCCUGUCAACCCACACAACCCGAAGCACACACCCAUGGCCAUCCUACCCCUCCCCCGGCCCUCACCUGCGCUGUCACACGGGGCAUGCCCAGGGUCCCACCCAGAAGCAGCCUUGGUACCUUCAGGAUCUCACGUCCCAAAGAGCCACACAAACACACCCCAGUCGUGCACAUUCUCACGCAGCCCCCAAAACGUCAGCUUGCUCAUGCAGCCCACGAGAACACGCCUGUGCAUCUCAUGUCGCGCACACGCACUUGGCACCCCAGCGGGUCUCCGGAGUCCCACGUGGGCUUUCACAGCCACACACACGGAGUCGCCGAAUAGAUCCCACGUCUCACCUGCCGCCCGCCGCACCUUCCCAGCCCUGAACCCUGUGUCCCCAUCCAGGCCUCAGCUUAGACUACAGACAGAGCCCCUCGUUUAUUUGGGAUCCAAGGUCCUAACCCCAGUGCCCUCUCCAAUAAACCGCAGCCGAGUUCCCA